AUGUAUAGUUUAGAAGUUCUUUUAAGUGAAAAAUUUUUGGUGUUGGGCGAUUAUAACAUGCCUGAUUUUCUUGAUGUUAAUAAUUUUAGCGCCAAAAAACAGUUGGUGACUGAGUUUCAGUCAUUUUACAAUCUGAAGCAAUGCAACUCUGUCUGUAAUUCUUUGAACCGCAUACUGGAUCUUGUUUUCUCGAAUUUUGACUGUGUAAUUGUGCGCGAUAAUAAUCCCCUUGUUGCUGAAGAUCUUUAUCAUCCAGCUCUUCACAUCACUUUUGAAGUAGAUAUUAAAUCUAAAAAAUUUGUUCAGAACCGAAAUGUAAAAAGAUAUAACUUUAGGAAGGCAAAUUAUAUUGAAUUGUAUAAUUCUAUUCUGGAAACAGAUUGGAGCUUUUUGAAUAUGUGUGAGGAUCUGGAUAUGGCUAUGGAUCUAUUUUAUCAAAAAGUUUAUAGUGUGUUUGACUUGCAUGUACCUUUAUAUAGAGACUAUAAAAGAAAAUACCCAAAGUGGUAUGGAUCGGAACUGAUAAACAACAUCAAACUAAAGUCAUAUAAUCUUAGAAAAUACAAACAAACUAAUUUAAAUAUUUAUUUGGUGGAAUAUAAGAAUUUGAGAAAAAAUAUCAAACUACAGAUAGACAUGGCAUAUAAGAAUUAUUUAAGUAACAUACAAAAUUCAAUUCAUGAUGAUCCUAACGUUUUUUGGUCAUAUAUUAACGCGAAAAAAGAUUGUACAAGAAUUCCUGGAAAAAUGACUUAUGCGGAUCAAGAACUUGAUACACCGGGUAGUAUUGUGAAUGCUUUUGCUGAUUACUUUGGCAGUGUAUACCGUACACCUAGUGUUCAAGCACUGAAUGGAAAAUAUGAGGGAAACACAAGUGGUGAUAUUUUUAGCAUGUUCUUUCUUGAUAGCAAGGAUGUUGAAAUGGCGAUAAAAAAGCUUAAGCCUAAAUUAACAUCUGGUUAUGAUAAUGUGCCAGCAUUUAUUGUUAGAGAUUGCGGCAACGUUUUUGCAAAUCCGCUUAAAACAAUUUUUAAUAUUUCCUUAAGAUUGGGAACUUUUCCUACGAUAUGGAAAACUGCUAGAGUGUGCCCUAUCUUUAAAAAUGGAGAUGUGUCUGAUGUAACGAGUUAUAGACCAGUUGCAUUGCUGUCGAGUUUUGCUAAGGUAUUUGAGAUCGCACUGCAUGGUCGGAUCUACUCAGCUACAAGGAAUCUACUCUCUCCCUAUCAACAUGGAUUUGUGGCAAAUAAAUCGACAGUUACUAACUUGGUGACGCUUUCCCAGUUUCUUUCAAAUGCUUUGGAUAAUAAUUACCAAGUUGAUGUGAUAUAUACUGAUAUAUCUAAG